GUGGGAGUCUCUCAGCUGAUAAACACGUGGCAGCAGUGAGACCUUGGACUUUCUCCAUUACAUAACAGGGAGCAGUGUGCACGCGUUGCAGUAACACGCGCCCUCCGCCUCAGUAACACCGCGACGCUCCCUGGCUGCUGCUUCACCAUAAAGCGGAGACGAGUGAUUGUUGACGGUCCCUAAAGUUUCUGAUGAAAUCUCUAACCGGAGCUGAAGACCGACAGACCGACACACGGAAGCGACACGGCGGUUAAAAUCAGACUUUAUUAGCGAACACCGGAACAGUGUUAUCACCGGAAGGAGGUAGAACAGUGUAACCUCGAUAACGAAGCCAACGGAUCGUGUUUUUGGAUCAAAUAUUUUGAAUCCGCUCCGGUUAACUGACCGCUAAGCUAGUUAGCUUCUCCUGCUAAGCUAACCUGCUAGUCAGCGCCACCGGCCGCCGUUGGACGCCGGAGCAGAUCCCGCCGCCGCCGCCUUCUUCACGGACAUUGAAAGCAGACAAAAUGGCUCUUCUGUCGUCGUCACACCGGGAUUCAUCCUCACACCGGGAUUCCACCGUGUUCACCGUCGUCACAAAGUUCUCCACCAGAAAGAAGUCCAACCACCACUCUCAGAGGAGCGCUAACGGUGUCACGGACAGUCUGCCCCGGGUUCCCUGUGUCUGCGCUGGCGGCUGUGAGAGCCAGUCGGUGUAAAAGACCAUGUUUGACUAAUUAAUCACUUGUGUGUGUUUGUGAGUAUUGAUGGAUAUUAAUGAGAGCUCGUGUUGAGUCGCCGCUGCCUCCCACAGUCUGACAGCUGUCACGUGUCUCACCUGCUGCUCAGGUAAUGUCACAAAUUUCACAUUUUGCACUUUGGAGUUUUCGGAAAUGUUCACCAGUAUGAGUGGGGAGGGACAUUUAUCCGGCGGGCAGAGCUCGUCCUCUCCGGCCGGGCGGGGACUCGCCUCUCCCGGGCUUGACAGCCAGGAAAGCUCGUGGAUCGGCCUGCUCUCCAGGCCCGCGCUGUCAUUUCUGCAGAGAUAUCUCCCGGGGCGGCCCCGAGCCCCGGCCCGGGCUGAUACGGGAGCCGGCUGGGUUAAAACCAGCUUCGUUGAUGAGGAGAGUGAGUUUUUGAGACAGCUGGACGGCAUGAUGCCGCUGCAGCACGCGGCUCCCCACCUUACGGUCCUGCGGUGUCAGCACGACGGAGCCGCCGGCCUGCUGGAGCCGAGCGGCGGCAGCACUUUACCGUGGCUCACCGCUGACUCUCUGCGGGAGAUGGGGAUCCAGAGCGCAGAAGAAAUGGACUUAAAUCUGUGCCAGCAAACUCAGAUCGGAUACCUGUCUUCUGUCAGGACUUUUUUCAGUCAUGUUCUGUUGAGCUCGGUGUCAUCUCAGGAAAUUAAACCGACAGGAGGGAAGGACUGGGAGCCGCUGGGGCGCUCGGUGAAGAGCAGGACGUGGUGGGGCAGCUUGUGGGGGGGCGAGGAGAGCUCACACAGAGGGCUGAUGUCAGACCUGUCCUGGGCUGAGGACGGGACUGGCACAGGAAGGCCUUGUCCUCAACAACCGGUGACUGAAACAAAAGCUCCCGAAACAACCGAUGUGUUUGUCCAGAGCGGCGGUGGAGGGUGGACGCUGGGAGAAAACACUGGACCGACUGACCACAAAGAGGAGCCGGCAAACAAUGGAGGCCUUCAAACAGUCCAGAACACAGAGGGCUCCACGACAGAGCGCCGGCUCAGCAUCAGUACCCACCUGAGCAGGUCAGGAGUUGCCGCCGCCUGCAGUGAGGUGGCACUGCUGACCCCUGAUCAGGACAAUGGUUACUCCAGUCUGGAGGAGGAACACUUCCAGGUGUGCCACCUGAACAUGGUGAAGGCCCUGAAUGAAGAGCAGGAGGCCGAGUCAACAGAAAGUACUGCCGCCGCCGCCGCCACUGCUGCUGUCACCAUCAAGACGGAAAUGGAGGAGGAGACUUCAGAGGAGGGAGCGUCUGCAUCAGGACAGGUGGACAAGGAAGAGAGGACGCAGGAAGAGGAGGAAGAGCAGGACGCGGCCCCUCAGGAGGAUCAGGCCGCGGCCCUCACCACCCCUCAGUGCCAGAAUAAAGCCAUAGCCUUCAUCAUGGGCUGCCCCUGCAGUGAUGAUGAUGACGACAGCAGCCAAUCAGACGAGGAGUCCAGUGAUGACGAAGAUGAUGAUGACGAUGGCUUUGACAGCGAGGGCUCGUCUGAUCUGUCCGAUUCAACUGAUGAAGAUGAUGAAGACGAUGAUGAAGCCUCUGACAGCGAGGCAGACUCUGAGGCGGAGCGCCUGUGGAACUCACUGUGCCAAACGGUGGACCCGUACAACCCCCGAAACUUCACCGCCCGGCUGCGCACCGCCAGCACCCCGCCCAGGACCAUCCCCACCCCCACGCCUCCUUCGUCCACCCAGUCCACCCCCGCCUCCUCUCCUGACCCUCCCUCCUCCCUCGGAGCCUCCCCUCUCCUCACCUCCUCCUCCCCUCCAUCUGGCCAAGACAUCUGGGACGACUCCACCUCGGCCAGCGAGGUGGACGAAGCAGAAAGCCUCCGCCUGUGGAGCUCCUUCAGCUGCUCCCCGGACCCCUACAGCCCCUUUAACUUCCAGGCCCCGCUCAGGACUCGAGGGCCCGCCGAGGCAGGGCCCAGGGCCAGGACCAGGGCUAAGAAGGCCUCCCAAACCCCCCCUCGCUCCCCCCGCCAUAACCCAGCAUUUCCACCCGAGUACAGGAAGGAGGAGGCUGAGGAGAGGCUGGACAGCGGCUUCUCUGAACCCUCCACCUCCUCCACCCAGAGCUGCAGCACCACCAAAAAGGUUCGUUUCUGUGAUGAUGUGGAGGAGUUCUUCGCCAGCUGUGGUGAGGAGGAGGAGGACCGGCGGGGCCCCUGGGAGGAGCUAGCCAGGGACCGCUGCAGGUUCCUGCGCCGCUGCCAGGAGGUGGAGACGAGCAUCGCCUACUGCCUGCAGCCGCAGCACCGCAGCCUGGUGUACCGCCGCCUCACCUCCCUCCUCUACGUCCAGGACGCCUGAGGACAGUCAGUCCUUUACGUCCAGGACGCCUGAGGACCGUCCGUCCUCUACGUCCAGACGUCCAGGACGCCUGAGGACUGUCCGUCCUCCACGUCCAGGACGCCUGAGGACCGUCUGUCCUCUACGUCCAGGACGCCUGAGGACUGUCCGUCCUCCACGUCCAGGACGCCUGAGGACCGUCCGUCCUCUACGUCCAGGACGCCUGAGGACAGUCAGUCCUCUACGUCCAGACGUCCAGGACGCCUGAGGACUGUCCGUCCUCUACGUCCAGGACGCCUGAGGACCGUCCGUCCUCCACGUCCAGGACGCCCGAGGACCGUCCGUCCUCUACGUCCAGGACGCCCGAGACGUCCUUGUAGUUCAACACCUGUCGUACUGAGGAAAUGAAAAGCUGCACUUGUUAAGCAGUGAGACACGACAGAGACACAGAGGACAGGUGGACAGACUGACUGAUGUCUUCUUCCUGUUUGGUGUCUCUGUGGACUGAAACCUGAUUCAGGAGUGACUCCUUUAGUAAACCUGAUCUGAAGGGCUUCACUCUCUGUUCUCUGAGAGGUCGUCACUGUGUCGUGGUCGGACAGCGUCUCCUUUUUAUUUUCAAACAGUUUGUCCUCAGGAUCGUCCCGUUCACAGAGACACAGAGACAAGCUGCUGCUUUCAUCACAGAUAGAAAAAGAAAAUGUAUUAAAUGAAUGCUGAGGUUUUUUCGCCUCGUCAGGCCUCGAACAUCAGCUUCAACAGUCGACACCAGAGAAGAUAUUUUUCACGUCUGAUUCAUCUGUAGAAUAAUUUGGCAUGCCAUUAAUUUAUCAUGGUAAAAUAGUGACAGAUAGCUGCUGAGCUCAGCGCCCGUCCUCCAACAGAAACACACACCUGGUUGAAAAUCAGCAGAGAGUCUCAGAGUGUAAGACGAAAUCUUGUUUCCAGGAAAUGUUUAUUUUUGAUUUAGAGAAUUUUCUUUGUUUAGAAAGUCUGAAAACAGUGAAUCAGUAUUAAAGAUGUGGACGGAUGAUCUGGAACUGGACUCACAGGAGAUGAUCGUUGAUGUUUCAGCUGAAUCACACUGAGGUUUGUUAGAGUGAUUUUAAAGCAGCAGCGUCUCCUGUGUCUCGGUGUAAACUGCUGAUCAGCUGUGGGUCAAACUGCAGAUGUUUGAGUUUUCUCUUUAAAGCCAAAGAUUUAAAGCUCCUGUGAGCGACGGGACGAGAAACUGAAGCUGAUCGAUUUGCAUGAAUUGAUCUGUUCCUCGACCUGCUCUCACAUAAUCAAUGAUAAUCAAUACACAGUAUUCAGCCUCUAAUAAUCAGUAUAUGAGUCUCUGGUGUUAAAGUCCCUUUAAUGAGUCACCUCCAAGACGUCAGCUGCGUCGCUGACACCUGAAGAAGAAGAAGAAGAAGAAGAGAUGAACUGAGUUUAUUCUGUCAGACUUCAGCUUUUAUUAGAAAACAGACAAAAUGAUCAUUAAAUUAAGAACAGAGAUUAUUAGUGUUUUAUAUCCAGUCAUCAUUCAUUUGACUAAUAACUAAAGAAUCAGUAAUCAAUAACAAUCAAUUCAUCACUUUAUUCUGAAAUUCAGCCACACCCUUCCUCCACAGGUGAACGCGUCACAUCGACCACCACUAACUCUUAUUUUAUUAAUUAAUGAGUUCAUAGUGAUGAAUGGGUAAAAUGCAGGAUGAUAACAAACAGAUCAUUAAUAAUGAUGAUUAUUGAAACCUUUCAUUCAUCUGUUGAUCUCAAACUGACCGACUGUCCUCAGAUCUGCUCUUUAUUUAAAAAAGAAAAACUUUAUUAAACUGUUGGUCGAGUAAAACUUAAAAUCAGCAGAACAAGAAUCCAAACAAAGGCUGUGUGAAGGUUGAAAUGUCUGAACAUUAACGCUGUCACGAACCUUCCUCACACUGUAUUUGUGAUUCAGUUUCCUGUGAUGUCACACAGGUGAAACUUCCUGUUGAAGGAUUUAAUGAGAAACAGACUGACGUCAUGUCGCAGGUGAAGCUUGUGCCACUGAUGAUGAUGAUGGUGAUGGUGAUGAUGUCAGUUAUUAAUGCUGAGUCAGUGUUUGUCCUGUUGUCGUCAUGGCGAUGGACUUUUCAUCAAGUUAAAAAAAGACUCAGUCUAUCAAGUGUGUGCGUGUUGUCAAACACAGGAAACGUGUGAUGGCUGUUUGGUGUUUGUUUCUGUCAGCUGACUAAUAAUAAUCAGAAGGGAAA